UUUGUGCCAGUGUGAGGAGCUGUUGUGGGACGGAGGCACAACGGGUUUGCCUGCUAACUAAGUUUUCCUACAAAGCUCAGUGACACCUGCUGCUGCUCUGUUAGUUCAGUGGAGAGGACAGGGCGCUCGCUGUUGACUCGGAAGAGAAGGAAGAGGCAGAGAUGGCUGAAACUACUGCUCAGCCUAUGGGGAGCCUGCCCAGCGGACUGGGGAUAUGCACCACAGCCCCAGAUAUAUUUUACCUGCCUGAACUGGUGUUUGGUGGUUUGGUGUGGAUUCUGGUGGCGUCGACCCAUGUGGACCCUCCGAACCCUCUGGGCUGGGUGAUGUUUGUCUCCAUCUUCUGCUUCGUCAUGACAUUCCUCUGGUUGAUCAUCUUCGCUGCUGGAGCUCAUCAAAACAGCUCUGGCUGGGCUGCUGCUGAUUUUGCUUACCACAGCCUGGCAGUAUUGUUCUACCUCAGUGCAGGGGUGGAUUUGGCUUUCAUCACCUUAAUGAAGAAAUCAGGCGAAUUAAGAAUCUACCAGAUUGACAUCUCUGCUGUGGUGUUCGCCUUCUUGGCCACACUCCUCUACUUCAUCCACACAAUCCUCUCCUCUAUCCGAUGGAAAAACUUCUGAAAAGCGAUGUUGAAUCACAGACCUUGGUUUCCAAGAAGUACUGUGCAUCCUGUGUGUGUGUGUGUGUGUGUGUGUGUGUGUGGUGCGUGUUUAUGCCACCAUAAAACAUUAAAGCAUCAUGUAUUGGGAAAAAUUCCAAAAAUCAACCAGAUAUUAUUUUGAACCACUGGUCAUUUAUUACAUAAGACAAGGGAUCAUAUUUAUUAUCCUUUAAGAAAACCAUGGAACGUCGUGUAAAUGUUAUGGUCUGUGGAUUGUUGUUACCUUUGGACACAUUCCCCCUGCUUCCAGUCUUAAAUAAAUGAAGUUUAAAACCUUUUUGUAUUACAUUUAUCUGGUAUGGAUAAAAAAAUGUACUGCUAUGUUCACUUUAAAUCCAAACAGUUGCCUCUUGCUGCCAUCGGAGCCAUCUCUUAUGUCUUUGUGAUCAAUGAGACUAACAAACGUUUCUCUGUUGUAACUAGGAAGAGUUGACAAAAUCUGUAAAAUACUCACUGAUUUUAAGAUUUUUUUCUGUUUAGUAGAAGUACUGCCAGUUAUGUUGUCUUUGUCAUAUACAUUUAGUGCCAACCAAUCAUCAGUACUUUAAGGACGGUGAAGUGCAACAUUUUUUAGCUGAAAGGCCAAAAUUUGUCUAGUUUUGCCAUUUUUAUAUUCUGAAGAUUAAAACAAGAUAUAGAUGUAAACCGAU